CCAUUCCUGCUCAGCAACCAAGCAAGCGGAUUCGGAAGCAGCACUGCCACUCUAGCCCUGCCUCUCGUUGCGUUCCUUUUUUUUCUUCUUCUUCCAAGGCCGGUUUCUUGUUGGAGGACUCCAAGGACCGCGGCUCUAUGGUGAUGGUCGGGCUCCUUUCGGGCAGGAGCCACGACCGACCUGUUGGUUCCGCUGCCGGCGCCGAAUGCCCAGUGCCUUCACUUCAUUGCCACCAAUAUGCUGCCAUCUGCCUCCAUGGAUGUUCAGGUACACCUGCUAAUCCUUGCUCUGUCUGUGGCUUCUUCCUACUGCCAUGACUUUCUGUACCAUGACUAUUGCAUUAUUGGUGCUGGCCCCUCAGGACUUCAAAUGGCUUAUUUCCUCCAGCACGCAAAGCGCGAUUAUGUGGUCUUUGAACGCGAACUGGCGCCAGGACAUUUCUUUACUUUGUAUCCACGCCAUCGCAAGCUAAUUAGCAUCAACAAACUGUACACUGGCAAAUCCAACAGGGAAUUCAACCUUCGCCAUGACUGGAAUUCGCUCCUCAGUCAUGACAGCCGACUACUCUUCCGACACUAUUCUCAGGACUUUUUCCCUCAUGCCGAUGCCAUGGUGCAUUACCUCGCUGAUUUUGCUUCCAUGCUAGAUCUCCAGGUACAAUAUAACACGUCUAUCACUCAUGUGACGCUGGAAAAAGAAACCAAGGCAUGGAAUGAUCAUUAUUUCAUCCUCACUGAUCAGAAUGCUCAGCUAUAUAAAUGCAGCGUUCUUCUGGUGGCCACAGGAACAUGGAUCCCUCAUGAAGUCAACUUCCCUGGUUCGGAAUAUGUUGAGGGCUAUGAGUCUGUGUCCACUGACCCAAAAGAUUUUAUUGGCCAAUCUGUUUUGAUUUUGGGCCGGGGGAACUCUGCCUUUGAGACGGCAGAUAAUAUUUUGGGAGUCACCAAUUUCAUACACAUGGUCAGCCGCUCCAGGGUUCGCCUUUCUUGGGCUACUCAUUAUGUUGGAGAUUUGAGAGCAAUUAACAAUGGCCUCCUAGAUACAUACCAGUUGAAGUCUCUAGAUGGGCUCCUGGAAGGUGACUUAGAAGACCUGGUCCUCAUCAAGGAUGAAAAUGGGAAGCUGAAAAUCACCCUCCGGUUCUACCUGGAAAACAGCAAUAGAAGUGAAGGAGAGCCAGUCCUCUUCCCACAGGACAAGUUGGACAACUUUGCUGCUCGAGCACCUUACGACCGUGCCAUUCGCUGCUUGGGUUGGAAGUUUGAUUUCUCUAUAUUCAAUAAGUCUGUUAGACUCAUGCGAGGCAAAGACAACAAAAAGAAAUAUCCCUUGAUCAAGCCUAGUUAUGAAGCCAAAGCCACUCGAGGUCUCUUUGUUCUGGGCACAGCAAGCCAUUCAGUUGACUUCAGGAAAUCUGCUGGUGGCUUUAUUCAUGGAUUUCGAUAUACAGCUCGUGUAGUUCAUCGCUUAUUAGAGGCCCGUCACCAUAAAACACCCUGGCCUUCCACUGUCUAUCCCAUUGCUCAGCUAACAAAUGCCAUUGUGAAGCGACUAAACGAGGCAUCUGGACUUUACCAGAUGUUCAGUGUGCUGGCAGAUGUCAUCCUGUUAAAAGAAAAUGCCACAGAAUUUGAAUACCUGGAAGAAUACCCAGUUGGGGUCCUGCAAGACCUGGAAUCACACACAGGAAGAAAGGUUCAGAACGGACUUUUUGUCAUCAUGAUGGAUUAUGGGAAGAACUUCUCUGGGCCAGACAAGGACGUCUUCUAUUACAAUCGUGCCGUGGGGGAACCACAGCACGCCUGGCAGUCCAAUUUCUUGCAUCCUGUCAUUUAUUACUAUCAGCGCCUUCCCACUGAACGUGAGAUGAGACUUUGCCCACCAGACCAGCCUCUGCCCCGUCCAGACGCUAUCCAUCAUAUGGUGGAGGACUUCUUGACAGAGUGGACUGCGCCCAAUGCCCACAUCCUGCCACUCCGGCGGUUUUUGGAGAAUUGCCUGGAAACAGAUCUGCGCAGAUUCUAUGGAGAAUCCUGCUUCCUCUUUGCCUUUACCCACCAGAAGUUGCCUCCCUUCUGCCAGCAGGGAUAUAUGAGAAUGCAGGGGCUCAUGGGUAAUGAGAGUCUUCAUCGCAAUGGAGUAGAAACUGGACACCGUGAGGACUAUGCUGCUAUGGACUCCUCCAGUGAGCAGGCGGAAGCCAGCAGCCUAUCCUAUCACCAGUUGUUGGACAAUAACAUGGUAUCACACCACCGACGAUACCGUCUCACGGGCACCUGAAAUGAACUUUAACCUUCUUCCAGAAAUAGCAAAAUCCACAGGGAUUGCUGUCAUGAUGCCAAGAUCUCUAGAGGUUCUUCAACGUCUUGUAUGUUCACUUGUAUGUUACUGCUUCUUUCUAGGGACCAUGGCUUGCCAAAGACUUCUGUAGAUCAUUUAUUAUUUGUGAAGGAGGUGAUGCUUUACAGGAGGUAUGCAAAGGCUGCAGCUCAAUAAUGCUGAGACAUUCCUUUCCUCCUAUCCUCAUUACUUGCCAAUGGUAUUGCAUUUGUGUUUAUAUUGAGCAGUCUCAAGUGUAUUGAGCGCUACCUUAAAUAAGAUACACAGGUGACCAGUCAUGAAUGUUCAAUUGCAUGCUUUGUGGUGAUCCACAAAAGAAGUCAGUCAUAGGUGCUAUGUGUAUUGUGUUGCUGCAUAUACUUACAGAUGUGUAUGUGCAUGACUCUACAAUCGGGUUGAUAUCGGCUGGGUAAGCAAUUCAAGGGCUGGUGUUAAAAGUCCAAAGUGUGGAAAUAUUUUUCUAUUGUCUGCAAGGCAGGUCUUGUGGCUCUAAAUGAGCAGCAGAACCUGGAUCCAUUCAUACCAGUUUGACAAGCUAUUCUAUUGCCAUUGUGAGAUCAUUCUAUGGAAAUGCUGUUCUUCUGUCUCAGAUUCUCUGCUCAAUAGGGAGACUUCUUGUACCUUUAACAAAUUUUCCUCUGAUUUGCACUAUAUAAUGUUAGAAAACUUUACAUGAUUCCAUUUAGUUAAAAUGAAAUUGUAUUUCCAAUUGCAAUUGUGGUUUUGAUAUCCCUGUACAGUGAGCCCUUCAUAUUCGCUGGGGUUAGGGACACAGGGCCGCUCCAAAAGUGGAAAAAACAUAAACAAAAACACUGGUGUUUUAUUUUUAGCCUGAGAAAAUAUAUUCCUAGAAAUCACUUAAGUUCUCCAAUGCAACUCUGAGCAAUUUCUGCCAGAGAUUAACCAUAUAGUCAUGCUGAAGAGACUAGAAAUUCAUAAAGGGGACAUAUUACAGGCAGUCCCUGAGUUACAAACAUCCAACUUACAAAUGACUCAUACUUAAGAAUGGGGGAGAGGCAACAGGAAGUGAGAGAAAUCUACCCUUAGGAAGAGAAAUUCAUUCCUGAAAGAGUUAUCAUGGAGGAAAGAUAUUUCCGCUGAAGAUUUGUCAGCAAGCCUUGUUUCCACCUCAAGCCAUUUUUUUUUCAAAAUCCAGUGGUCACAGGGACAGAAAGUGAGGUGAAAUCUUCUGUACAGGGGCACAGACAGCAAAGCAAACACCACCUUCCUAUGCUAGCCAAAGCUAAAUACUUGUACCUGUUCCAAAUUACAUACAAAUUCAACUUAAGAACAAACCUACAGAACCUAUCUUGUUUGUCACUUGGGGACCACCUGAAGUCAAAUCCACGAAUAAUCAGAUCCAUAGGAGUCAAACCCUCAAAUGUGAGGGACCAACUAUAUUUUCAAUCUUAGGGGAGCUAUGUAGAAAGACAAUCUGCAGUUUAAUAGAGCCCUUCCUCUGGUUGACAGGCUUCUCUCACUUUCAGUGAGUCAAGAUAAACAAAUGGGAAGAAUUCAACACUAUCUCUUUUCUAGUUUCCCCAUCAUUUUUUGCAGAUGGAAAGGAUAACCUUGAGCCUCUUCGCUUUGCUCGCUCUUCAAGCCCUCCACUUGUUUUUCCACUUUCACAGGGGUUCUGUGACACCUUUCUAGUACCCAGAGGCAAGGAUCCAUCAACUCCCUUGUUCAUCUGUAAAAUACAAUUGGGCUUCAGUGUCCACAGUGUCCUGUACCCAUGGAUUCAACUUUCUAUGGCUUGAUUUUUUUUAUCCAAAAAGCAAACCUUGAUUUGGUGUUUUAUAUAAGUACACCAUUGCACUAAGUCAUUUUAUAUAAUAGUAUCCAAAUAUCCAUGGAUUUUGGAAUCUAUGGGGUGGGGUCCUAAAACCAAAUCCCAGGAGAUACCAAGGGCCCACUGUAGCUAUAUCUUUUAUUUCAUCUGCCAUCUACUCUUAAAAAUGAACACGAGGUUUCUGCACUGACUGAAAUACUGCUGAAAGCUGUGACCUUUCCUCACAACAUGGGCAGGGAGAGUGAGAUUAACAUAAGGAACCUCUUCCCCAUACUAACAUGAAUGGACUUCAACUUGGAUGAUUUUCUAUCAUUGGUUGUCUGGUUAGGGCAGGUGGGCAUUGUAGAAUGGUGUUUUGGUAGGGGGCAUACAUUCCAUACAAAAGCAAACUACAUGUAUAAUUUGCUUUUAAUUACAAUUCUGUUUUGUGUUUUAUGUUAUUUCAUUUACACCUGUAUGUUAUAAUUUUAAAUUACUUGGUGCUGCUACUGAUUUGGGUUAAUUUUUUUUGUGUAUUUUAUGUAUUCUGUCUUGCACUGUGUUGCCUUGUAAGCCGCUCCGAGUCCUUUUGGGGAGAUGGGCCAAGAUACAAAUAAAGUUGUUGCUGUUGCUGUU